AUGGAAGCUACAUCUUCCAAAAGACCAAGACAAACCAAAUCAUCCGCCCGCCGUCGGAAGCCUAGAUCUCCAUCACCUCCAUCCAGAUCUCCCUCACCUCCAUCUAGGUCCCUAACACCCCCAGCCGACCCAUCUCAUUUUGGUGUCGUAUGUCUUGGCCCAGUUCAACAGGGCAAACUUGAGUCAUUCCUUAAACGAGGUCAUGCCAUCCAAAAAUUCGCGCAUGUUCCAACUUUGAAAGAGUUUCAUGUUUACAAUCAAGUCAAAACCCUGUUUCGCAACAUAGGGUGGCACGGCUUGUUGAGGGUCCAUGAAUUGAGCUAUAAAGUCCCAACUGCUGAGUUUCUAUCCUCAGUUUAUUUAGAUCAUGGGAUCCUCUACUUCCGUCUAAUGAAUCAAGACUAUGAGAUCUCCUUGGAUCAAAUCAAUGCCAUUGUGGGGGCCCCAACGGAAAACACAUUUGGCCCCACUGAUCCAAUCCAAGGAUACUAUGACAUGACUUGGUGGACCUAG